GUCGCGUAGACGCGGUGUAUGGCGGCGCAAGAGGAAUCUCAUCGAGGGAAUAGCGUUUCCCCGUAAAUGUUUUGUUUAAUAUUCAAUUGAAUUUCAACGCGAACGCGUGGUAACACCCGCACACGCAUGCCAUUAAAGUCUGUCGAAUAUUAAUAAUGAAUAAUUAUUAUUGUAAUCUGUUGUCAUCAUAACCGUUUUUGGCCGAUCAAUCGCGUACCUUUGCUAAUCCCUAGGCCGUGGGAGGGGUAGGUAGGAAACGAACGGCUGUUAUUAAAAACGCGGGUCAUAGGUUGUUCUAUCGCGCGCGCGAGUGUUUGAGGUUAGGAAACGGAUUUUGUAAACGAUAUGCAAUCAUAUGAACACACCCGUCACGCGCCGCCCGCACGCUCUAUUAAUCGUACCAUCGUCAUGAGCUCGUACGUCACUCCGUCCACCGGGUCGAUACUAAUAUAAUUUUUGAACCUUUAUUUUUUUUACAAUCCGGUCUGGGAUCAGUUAACCGAGUGGUAAAAUAUUAAACCCGUUUCCAGUCCGCCUUCUUUUAAAUCGUAUUUUCGUAAUUCUCGCCUGUCUGCUCAAUAAUUUUUUUAACGUGCACCAUGGCAGGUCCUCCGACGUUUAUCGAACUUUCACGGGAAGAACAAGCUUUAGAAUUAAGAUCAUAUUUGUGUAGCAUUGGAGCUAGUUUACAAGAAAAUGCACCAGAUAAUAUUGAAGAAGAUAUGCUUGAAAUUAUAUCUAAAUGCAAUGCUUGUUUGGAAACAGAUUUAUUAGAUAUUGAUAUUGAAAGCUUUUUGUGUUCAAUUGUAUCAGUAAUUAUUGGGAUUGGCACAGUAGACGUUGAAAGCAAACUUGUAACCGAAUUUAGUCAAAAAUUGUCGAAAUAUGAAGAAGAUCGUUUUAGUAAUAUUAUACUAAAAACUCUUUGGUUGUUAUUUGGUACAGUUGAUCCAAAACUACCUGCACGCUUCCAACUUUAUUCUGAUAUUAUUGAUGUUGCCAAACGAAACAAGCAACUGUUAUUGGUUUACAAAGGAAUCGAUAGUUUAAACAAAUCUCUUCUGUCCAUCAACCAUACUAAAAAACAAAAGCAGUCUCUACUUAGACAGUUGCAUAGUGCAUUGAUUGAAAAUGGACACAGUGAAUUGGCUGCUGAAGUUAUGGUUGAACUUCUUCGUAAUUACACAGCUGAUGACGGUAAACAAGCUAAAGAUGAUGCUAAAAGAUGUAUUGCCUCUGCUAUUGCAGAUCCAACUACAUUUUUAUUUGAACCAUUGUUGAGUUUGGCUCCUGUUAUAUCUCUACAAUCUACUCCUUUGCAUGAACUUUUAGUUAUAUUUGUUUCUGGAAAUCUUGCUAAUUAUUUAGAUUUUUACAAAGGCCACAAAGAUUUAAUCAAAUCUUUAGGCUUAGAUCAUAAUGCCAAUAUACAUAAGAUGAAGCUCUUGACGGUAAUGAGUUUAGCUGAAGAUAGCAGUAUUUUAUCAUUUGAAACGAUUCAACAGCAAGUACAAAUAAAUGCUGAACAAGUAGAACCAUUUUUACUGGAACUUUUUGGAACAAAACUUGUGCGUGGCCGUAUGGAUCAAGCUGCAAAGAAAGUAAAUAUUUCAAGUACAAUGUAUCGUACAUUCAGCAAGCAACGUUGGCAAAUGUUGAGAGAAUCAUUCUUUAAUUGGCGAUCAUGUCUUAGCAUUAUUGAAGAAGGAAUGAAAACUGUUGUGUCAAAUUCUCAAGCAUAAGUUUAAUGAAAUAUAUGAAUAUACAAACUAUGUUUAAUAAAAUUAAAUUGACAUUUA